CGACAGAUCAGAAAGUAACGACGUUACUUAGGUCACUAUAUUUUCAUGACCUUGUUGUCGUUUUUUUGCCUAUGAACUUUCCUACGAAUACACUCACAUUGCUGCAGUAGUAGGCUAUACAAAUACCAUUUCUGGCUUGGACACAGAGCUGUGCAUGCGGACGAUAUAACAGGUGAUUGCGCGCCCUCCCUUCACCCUCUGGCCCAUCGACGUUCGCCAUGGAAGCCACCGGAAAGUUUGACUUCACGGCCACGGCGGAGGACGAGCUCAGCUUCCGCAAGGGAGACGUCCUUAAGAUUUUGGGGACCAAUGAUGACUGGUUCAAGGCAGAGCUGCAUGGACACGAGGGUUUUGUCCCUAGGAACUACAUCAAUGUGCGAUUCCCCAGCUGGUACCAGGAGAACGCCAGCAGGAACUUGGCGGAGGAGAGCCUGAAGUCACGGGAGCUGGGCGCCUUCCUGAUCCGCGGGAGCCAGAGCUCGCCCGGAGACUUCUCCAUCUCCGUCCGGCACGAGUCGGACGUGCAGCACUUUAAGGUGAUGAAGGACGGGAAGGGGCUGUACUACCUGUGGCCGGAGGAGCGCUUCGGCUCCCUGAACAAGCUGGUGGAGUACUACAAAGGCAACUCGGUGUCCAAGCAGAGGCAGAUCUUCCUCAGCGACGGAGAGCCGCAGCCAGGCCAGGUGGAGAAGCAGACCAGCCCCGCGCCCGUUCCCCUUCGGCCGGCCGAGGCGGGGGCACACGCACAGAGGCCGGUCACGCAGGUUCGAGCGCUGUAUGACUUCAGCGCUGAGGAGGCGGACGAGCUGGCCUUCAACGCGGGGGAUGUGAUCGAGGUUCUGGACCGUUCGGACCCGUCCUGGUGGAACGGCCGGCUGAGGGGCAGAACCGGCCUGUUCCCUUGCAACUACAUCACUCCUCUCUGACCCGGUCUCUGGCUGGGGGGAGCGCCGCAAGUCCUGGGGCCUUCUGAGGAGCAGAUGACUGAACAUGACUUAUCCUCCUGCAGUCACACACAGAGAUCUCAGACUUACCCUCCUGCAAUCACAUUCAGAGAUCUCAGACUUACCCUCCUGCAAUCACACACCGAGAUCUCAGACUUAUCCUCCUGCAAUCACACACAAAGAUAUGAGCAGACUUGCUGGGUGUCUGAUAAUGUCACAUAUUUCAUUUUCAAGUGUUGGCGUAAGAUUUUUAUUUGUUUUUUAUUGUUUAUUGUUCGCUUAGAGCCCAGAUUCAGUUUCGAUGUGCUGUCCCUCUGCCCUUAACUCUGAGUAGGCAUAAUUUAUGUGAGCCAGUUUUACUUAAAAAAAAAAAAUGCUUGCACAGUAUUAUACAAUAUUUUUCUGGGUCAUGAUUUCUUUUUUUAAAUGGCGGCUUCCGUAAAUGUGUUUGGCAGAGUUGAGAGCAGUGCAUCAUUGUGGUAAGACUAUAUGUGAGCCACAGCCUUCACGUGUAUUCUUUUCCUGUGACAGUUGAGUGCCAUGCUAGAUUACACUGUGGAAGUACUGCGCCCAGUCCUGUCCGAUCACACGCGUGCAGUGUGCAGACUCGUCGAACAAGCACAGCAGGAACACACACAGGCAGCACAGGGAUGACAGAGCGCUCACUGACAGACACAUAUGUUCAAAUGUCCUUUUUAAUAUUUCAAACCUCUGGAAGACACAGGCUGGCUUGUCUUCAUUAAUAUUGUAUUAACAAUUCAUAUUGCAGCAAACUGCACAGAGGGCCACGUGGCCCCCGUCAUGUGCUUUUCGCCCUAUAAAGCAUGCCUGACACAUGACCAGUUCUGUUUCCUGCUUAGGGGUCUGUCAUAGAACGAAGGCCAUGUAGAGCAGUGUGGCAUCGAAAUAAAUUAUUUAAUUAUUUAAUUUUGUAUUACCUAUUAAAAAUGACCUAACCCGAUUUAAAUGUAGCCUGAUAUAUAGGCUCAUGAUAUGCAGUAAGACUCAAAACAGCUGCAUAUACACUCAGUGAGCACUUUAUUAGGUAUUUGUUAGACUCCUUUUUUAGACUUAUUAAGUCUUCUGCUGCUGUAUGCACUUAGAGAUUUGACACGUUGUGUGUUGAGAGAUGCUCUUCUGCAUAACACUGUUGUAAUGUGUGCUUAUUUAAGUUACUGUCACCUUCCUGUCAGCUUUAACUAGUCUGGCCCUUCUCCUCUGACCUCUCUCAUUAACAAUGCAUUUCUGCCUGCAGAACUGCUACUCACUGGAUGUUUUUUGUUUUUUGCACUUUUCUCUGCAAACUCUAGCAGCAGAUCAGCAGUUUCUGAGAUACUCAAUCCACCCUGUCUGGCACCAGCAAUCAUUCCAUGGUCAAAGUCACUUAGGUUACAUUUCUUCCCCAAUCUGAUGUUUGGUCUGAAAAACAGCUGAACCUCUUGACCACGUCUGCAUGCUUUUGUGUAUUUAGUUGCUGUCACACGAUUGGCUGAUUAACUAUUUGCAUUAACAAGCUGGUGUAUAGGUCUACCUAAUAAAGUGAUCACUGAGUGCAUACUAUAACUAGAGCAGAGCAGGUAAUAUACUGAGUGGUUGAAAUGCCAGUGGAAGGUGAAUUAUGUGCAGAAGGUUGUUCUGAACCCUUCCCUUCCUGAAGAUUGGAGACCGCUGAAACAUUAACCAUCCGGACAAAAUAAAUGCCAGUAGCAGUUGGUUUGAAAUUAUCUUCAGAGUGAUUUACCCAUGCGGCAGCUGUUCUACAACAGCCUGAGAUCUGGGGUCUCUGUUAAAAUGGUCUUUUAUAUUAUUUUCAAAAUUAUGUCAGUUCAUUACAGCCUAUGAUAAUGUUUUAAUGGAUUAAUUCUCUAUUAAUUAUUAUGUAAAAUGCAUUCAGAAGUGACAGUCCAUUCAUGAUUUACUCAUAUUUUAUGAGUAAUUCAUAUUUUAUUUUGUAUGAAAUGUAAGUUUUAAAAUACAUGAUAUUUUAAAUCUAA